CCACCCAUCCAUCCACCCAUUCAUCCAUCCAUCCUCCCACCCAUCGCCCUCCAUGGGCCGGCGCUGCCGGCGCUGAGCGCCGGGGGAGGCAGCGCCCGGCCGCCGCGAUGAGCGGCGGGGAGGUCGUGUGUUCGGGCUGGCUCCGAAAGUCACCGCCGGAGAAGAAGUUAAGGAGAUACGCAUGGAAGAAACGCUGGUUCGUCCUGCGCAGCGGUCGGAUGAGUGGCGACCCCGACGUCCUGGAAUACUACAAAAAUGACCACUCCAAGAAACCUUUGCGUGUGAUCAACCUCAAUUUCUGUGAGCAAGUGGAUGCGGGCCUGACCUUCAACAAGAAGGAGCUGGCAGACAGCUAUAUCUUUGACAUCAAGACCAGCGACAGGACCUUCUACCUGGUUGCUGAGACCGAGGACGAUAUGAACAAGUGGGUUCGCAGCAUCUGCCAGAUCUGUGGCUUCAACCAGUCCGAGGAGAACACAGAUACCCUGAGGACCCUCGCCUCCAUGAACCAUGCGCCACGGUCUUCCCCAGCAGAGCUCAGCGGUGCCAGCCACCACCUGCUGCGAGAGCGCAAGUCCUCGGCGCCAUCCCACUCCAGCCAGCCCACCCUGUUCACCUUCGACUCGCCCGCCAGCCACCUCCAGAGCACCCUGUCCGCCAGCGCCCCCCAGGACUACCUUUUCCUCCACCAGUGUAUGAGCAGAAAGUCAGAAAAUGCAAGGAGUGCCAGUUUCUCCCAAGCCACGAGGUCCGCCUUCUUCAUGCGGAGUGACACAGCAGUCCAGAAGCUCUCGCAGGGCAAUGGGCACUGCGUGAAUGGGGUGAGCGGGCAGCUCCAUGGCUUUUACAGCCUGCCGAAACCCAGCCGGCACAACUCGGAGUUCAGGGACAGUGCGUACGACCUCCCACGGGCCUUUGGUUCCUACACCCACCCCAAGUCGAGCCUCACCAGCUCUGAAACGGAUAAUGAGGAGGUCUACACGUACAAGACUCCCAACAACACCCUAUGCAAGGAGUUUGGAGAGCUCUCCACGGACUCCUAUGACAUCCCUGCCACCCCACUCUCUGUCUACCAGAUUCCCAGGACAUUUACACUGGACAAGAACCACAACGCUCUGGCCGUGGCCGCCAGCGACUCACCCGCUGCGCCACCCCCGCGGCCCCCAAAACCUGGGCAAACAGAGUCACGGUGGGGUAGCCCACCCCAACGGCUCCAGCCUGGUGAAAGCUUAGGGCUGGCCCCCAUGGCAGCCACCAUUCCCCGGAGAAACACGCUGCCAGCGGUGGAGAACAGCAGGCUGCAUCGAGCUUCUUCUUGCGAGACGUAUGAAUACCCCCAGCACGGGGGCGGCAGCACUGUGCAGUCGGUCGAGUCGAUGAACGGCGGGUACAACUCCUACCUGCAAGCCAAGGCAGCGGUGGCCCGCUCCCACAGCACUGACUCCGAGGACAACUACGUCCCUAUGAACCCCGGUUCCUCACCCCUGAUCCACACUGAGAAAGCCAACGACAAUGCCCAAAAUCUCUACAUCCCCAUGAGCCCUGGGCCGCAUCACUUUGACCUGGUGGGGUUGUCCUCGGCCACCCUCCCCGUGCAUAAAGGAGGAGCCAUGGCACAGUGCCACAGACGGUUGAGUGAAAUCCAGCCCCCACCAGUCAACCGCAACCUCAAACCCGACCGGAAAGCAAAGCCAUCGCCACUGGACCUGAGGAACAACACUGUCAUCGAUGAGCUUCCUUUCAAAUCGCCAGUCACAAAAUCCUGGUCCAGGCCAAGCCAGAGCUUCAACGCCGGCUCUUUGCAAUACUGUCGCCCUGUCUCCUCCCAGAGCAUCACCAGCACUGACUCGGGAGACAGCGAGGAGAACUACGUGGCGAUGCAAAACCCCAUUUCUGCUUCUCCUGUUCCUAGUGGCACCAACAGCCCAGCGCCUAAAAAGAGUUCGGGGAGUGUGGAUUAUCUGGCCCUGGACUUCCAGCCAAGCUCACCAGGGCCACACAGAAAGCCUUCCACCUCGUCGGUCGCCUCGGAUGAGAAGGUCGAUUACGUGCAAGUGGACAAGGAGAAGACACAGGCGCUGCAGAGCACCAUGCAGGAGUGGACUGAUGUGCGGCAGUCCUCGGAGCCCGCCAAGAGCACGAAGCCGUAGCGCCUGGGGCAGGCAGCAAAACAGGCAAAUGUCCCGGUGGUUUUCCCCAGCCGGGGUCCCGCCGGGCUGCCACCUCCACUGGGCUGGGCUUUGAAGACUUGUCUGCCAAGGGGAGGGGGGUCUUCAUUAUUUUUUUUCUUUUAAGACAAAAAAGAAACUUAAUUUCAGGGGAAGACUUGGCGGAUACUGUUUGCCAGUGAUAAAGACCAACUAUGUUCGGUGGCUAGGUUUGUGCUUUAGCUGCUGGAUGCACUAUCCAGGAACUUUGACUUAGCAAUACCAGGUUUCACCCUACACAUCUUUUGCUUACAGCUAUUAAAGCCACCUUGUAUGUGCUAACACUGCAUCAUCUCUCCCCGUCUUCUUCCAUACCGUACCCCCAGGUUUGCAGCAUCUCAUAGGACAUCAUUCCCCAGCUCAGCUUCCCCACUCCUUAUGGUUGCCCUCUUCUCUGCCUCCUCCCAAUCCCAAAACUGAGCAAGGACCAUUACUUUUGAAAUCACUUUUGUUGUCCCAUCUCUUGUAAAUAUGUUCAAAACCUCUGAGGGCUAUUCUCCUCCUGGCAGGACAGCCCCCAUGAUUUUGGUUGUGGUUGUUAACCUUUAGGAGCUUGAAGAGUAUCCAGAUUGUCCUGUUGAGAUGACUUGGAAGCCCAGGGCUUGCCCCAUCAUACACACACACAUAUAUGCCAGCAUAUGCUCACACACACGCAUGCGUGCGCGAGACAGCCGAGUUUGUUGGGGUGUCUUCUGCUGUUGAUGCUCUCCAGCAUCUCUCAGAGUCAAUGGGAUGGAGAGAUUCGCUUUGGACAGCAGAAUUUAAGCCCUGACCCAUUGCCUGUCCGAAACCAAUUGCCUGUGAAUCUGGCCCUAAGAACCAAAAUCUGCCCUUUCUGGCACCCAAAGAAGCCUGUAGAGUGAGAGCCCUACAUCUGUGGCUGUCAUGAGAAGCUCUGUGGUUGAGUAUGAGGAGCACAGGGAGGAUCUGGAGACGCUGAAUAUCUGGACUGGCACAAGGAUGAGUGACGAGGAGGGAAUGGGAGGCUGUUGCGAGGACCAGAAGAAGGUGGAUGCUGUACUGCAGAGGUUGGUCGCGGGUGAGGAGGUCCGGUGGGCUGUGUCUUGGGGGAAAGGAGUAGAGGUAUUGAAAUGUUGGUUAAUGGUGAGGCCUUAGGCUUGAGAAGAGGCUGGUCAGGAGAGUCAGGGCAAGAUGUUUCAAUAUUAGCUUUAACGUAGCAUUAUGUUUGGUUUGUGGUGGGUGCAAAGGGCUGAACUAGGUAUUUUCUCCCCAUCUUCAACAAUGUUUCUUCAACACAGAAAUGGGGCUUGUUGACAUUAAUGACCCUAGGCUCUAAUGAUGGAUGGGAAUCUGCUGUUGCCCCUUGCCAGCAUCCUUGACACAUCCAAGCUUCGGGAUUGCUCCCCAGGCAGCUGCCAGGCGCAGAGAGCCGAGAAGGAAGAGGCGGUUUAUUGCGGAGAUAAUAAUUCAUGAUCUCAUGAAAACAGGAAGGACUAAUGAUUGCCCUGGAGCAGCCUGAUUGCCAGACAGCGAGCGCUGACAGGGACAAACAGGCCAAGCACAAACCGAGGGCCAAACGAAGGAGACGUUAGAAAGAUUAGGUAAUAAUAUUUAUUAAAUAGCUGGAGCUAUUCUUUCUGCAAGCUGAACCCCUCCCAGUGCCACGGGCUCUACAUUCCACCAACACCACCAAGCUGUAUUGAUUAGUGAUGCUUAAGUGUUAACACAUUUGUUUAAGCUUGGCCUCAGUUUGGAAAGGGCCAGACACCCACACAGGGACAGGCUACCAGUCCCUUAAAGGCUGGGUGCCGGUAAAAUAAGUCUUGAACUUCCAACACCAGUUUAUAUUUUCUUCUCACAUGACAUGAAAGGGAAGGAUAUUCAUGGAAAAGCCCUGACAAACCUUUUAAGAUAUUGAAGUGCCGGCCUUUUACAGGAAUAAUGAAGCAAAUAUCCUAAUGCUCAUGGUAAAAUUAUGAUUAUCUAGGAGGGAAAAAAAAAGAAAAAAGACACGAAAGGGAAGAUUUAGCACAGCCAGAUGCUUUCUGAAGGUCGGGGAGUGUGUUACACCCUGUAAGGGCCUUUGCCUCUUGUUGGGGGCUUGCACGCUUGCACGGUGAGAUAAUGAAAUGAAGACCAGAGUAUAGUGCUUCGUAUUUCUAUGGCCCCUUUCAUCACUGCGUCUCAGGGGACAUUAAAUGUUGGGCCUGAUCCAGAGCCCCACUGAAAUGUGUGUUCACCCGGCUGGGUGUGAGCUCCCCACCCCCACCAAAAAGCAAAUGUGACUCAAGUGGGAAGCUGAUUUUUUCCGACUUGAUCCUGUAAACUGCUGGGCAGACACAAAGGAACGUGAGGUUGCGGGAGAAGGGUUAUGGUGCACGCUGGAUGUAUUUCCCUGCCAAAAUUGUGCUGUUCUCCUCCUAUCACACUAAGACGCAGCCAUCUCUGGGGUUUUGGGAAUAGCCAUCUCAGCAGUUUUGGGAAUAGCCCUUUAUGCUGCUUUGGGUCUGUCUCAGUAAAACAGUGCAACUAUUCUCAGGAUCAAACUGAGCCCAGUUCCAGGACAAAAAAAUCUUGAACCGGACCAAAAGCCUGGAGAAAUCAAGUUCAAAACCAUGCUUCGAUUGAGUCUUUUUCUCCACCUGGGAUAUAGGGAGCUCAGCAAGUCCCAAAAGUACCCUGAAAGUGGGCAGGCAAUUGGGAGGCAGCAGCAGUGGUCAUUUCUGAUGGUCAGUGGCUUGAGAGACAACACAAUGGGUUGGGAUGCGUUUUGCUGAGUCCCUGUGCUUCUGCUCUGGGACUCGGUGCAUCCAGUGCGCACUUCCACAUUUAAUCCAAAGUGUUAAUGAAGAUUGGAAAAGCCCUUUGUGGUACUGGACAAACUCGUCCUUUUUUUCCACGUCCCACAGAUGUCUGUGUUUGUUCCUGGGGCAGACGCUGGCAUGGGAUAGUUCUUUUCUCAGGCUCAGCCCUCCUGCUUUGGUGAUUCGUUUUCAUGAGCAUCCCCAGUCACUGGCCCUUCGCAUUUGCCAGAGCAAGGACCAAGACAGCCCAAAAGUAGCUAUUUUGCAGCUGCUGGUUGCUGGUCCCUCCUUGCUUUGCAGUGACAUCUAUGUCUUCCCAGAAACAGAUAUAUUCCUCCAUAAUUUCUUUUCUGCUGACCACGCAGCAAAAUGGCCGCUUCAAACUGAGUAGCAGCGUAUGGACUCCAGGCAUUGCCAUAUAGACAUGACGGUAUCAACCCCUCCUGAAAGCCGUUAAGUAAUCAAUGGCUGCAGUGGAAAUAGUCAUUCCUGACGGCUGCCGAGCUGAUUACAGCAGUCCCUGAUGAUUAAUGUUUGUGCAGUAUUUAGUCUUAAACCGUAUUGAAAAGCAGCUGGUUUAAUUACACGGACUGCCAAGAACUUUGUCCUGAAGGCACUGAGUUUAUCACAUCCACUCUAUACUUGGAUGCUCAAGUAUGGCUGACUCUUUUGUUAGAAAUAGGUAUUUUAGGAAGCUGAGAACAUUGCAAAUGAUUCGUUUCAAUUGCAAUUAAAAUGGCUUGAGUCUUUAUGUCAGAGCCUGCUCUUCAGCUCUACGAUCUCACUUAAGAAAGGGGAUGUGUUUGCAUGUGUGUGUGUGUUGACGGAGAAGGGCUGUCUGCGGAACAAGCAUCAUGACCUCAGUAUUUAGUUUUAUGAAGUACCAGGCCCAUGGCUCAAAGCUCUCCCUGAGCUGGUGGUUUCAAAGGCAGCAGUCUCCAAAAGCGUACAUCCCUUGCUGUGACUGUGCGACUGCUGUUCAUGGUUCCUCUGCCUGGUGAGAUGUGUGAGCUGCCUUGGAGCUGAUUUGCUCUGAACUGACAUUUGAGUGUUCGGUGGGAAAUACAUUUCCAACUGUAAUUGGCAUCCAACUGGAUGCCAAGCUUAGGCUUAGUCUCAAAUUGGAGAAAGAAAAUACUUGUGAGUGCAGAUUGUGCCAGGGCAAAACUGAGUGUCUGUAGAUAGGGCCAAAUCCGGAGCAGGAACCAAAAGGUAUCUAAGGCUAAUUGACUGGGGGCUAAUUGGGAUGGAUUUGGACCCAGGGCCAACAGCCACAGACAAGGGUUAUAUAUGGGGGAACAUAGAAUCAUAGAAUAGUUCGGGUUGGAAGAGAUGUUUAAAGGUCAUCUAGUCCAACAUGAGAUUGGGAGGACUGAAGGAAAGAAUGUUUGCCAGCAAGAUCUGAGUCUUGGUCCUCACCAUGUCCUCCCUUGGCAUGAGUCUCGAGUCAGAUCUACAGAGAAGGUUUGUGGGUCGUGUAGAGGGGUUUUGCUCAUUAAAGGCCAUGUACUGGUGUGAGGGGAGCUCCCACCACUCUUGGGACUUACCCAGGAUGCUUCACACUCAAGGGGGUCAUCCUGCCUGACAACAUGAUGCCUCAGCGCUCUGCCUUUCAGGGAGCCCCAGGCCAUGUGCCCAGUACUGAGCUGGGCAGGAGAAGCCCUACCAGAAGGGUGACGGGGAUCUGGCCAUGCCAGGGGACACCUUGCUCUGGGGCUCCCUUGGGUUGAUCAUGGGGCAGCAGUGCCAUGGCUUCACAGGGUGUCCCAAGAAGUUGUGCCAUCUCCAUCCUUGGAGCUUAUCAAGACCAGACUAGAUCAAGCCCUGAGCCCUGCUUGGAGCAGGGGGUGGGAUUAGAGACAUCUCUCCCCCUUGAUUUACCCUGAGACCCUAUGCUGCCAGGGCUGAGUGGAGACUCCUCCAUGUGAGAGAAGGGGCUAAAGGCAGCACCUAGAAUCCUACAGCUUCCAAAACAGGGCCAGGACCUCUUCUCCAGCCAUAAAGCCGAGUGGCAAGGCACAUCUCAACCCCUAAGGCCAUAGCCACCAGCAAGGUGGCUUAAUCCACACUGGGGCCAUCCCUUGCUCCUAGGAGAGGGCUGGCUGGCCCAGGCCAAGUCAUCCAGGACACAGACACACAGUCCAAGCAACUGGGGGACAGCCCGAACCUCUAAAUUUGUUAGAAUAAACAUUCACCCAGGGCUCUCUGGAGCCCCAUGCAAGCCCCUGAACUCUGGGGUCCCAGUUCCUUGAGCAUACCAGGAAGAGUUGUGUCCUUUUAGCCACCCAUGGCUCCUUGGGAGGGGUAGAGCCAUGCCCAGGUCUUAUGCAGUGAUGGGCUUCAGUAGGAAGAUGUUUAAAUACUUCUCAGGUACUGUCAGAUCCUCCUGGCCUGGGAGAGGAAUAAGGGAAUGGUCUCCUCAAGUCACGCUUGCAUUAUGGUUUUGUUUUCCCACCUGGUGACGUUACAAUUCCAUGUAAAAGUUGACAGCCACACUGUGUGUCCCAUUGGAGAGAUGUCAUCUGGAUGAGAUGGGUGCAGUGGGGCUGUGUCUAUGGAGAAGCCCCACUUGUAACAGGAAUGGUGAAGAGCAGAGCCUAACCCCAGCCUAAGCCAGGGAUUAAGCCAGAGGACAUGCAUGGCCAUCAAGAAAAUCAGAGGGACCAGUCCAGCAUCAAAUCGCAAGGGACAAUAAACCAGUUUAGGGCCCCUGGUGGCCCUGUGUGCCUGUCUUCUCUGCUCAGAAAGCACCAACCUGCCCAUGUGUACACAAUGAUCUUGCAACUGUUAGUGAGGCUCUUGCAGAUAGAGGUGUGCACUUUUUAGUCAUGAAUUCUCCUUGGCCUGGAGCAGUUCAUCCCUCCAUCAGCUUGUCCUUGGUGUCUCAUCCUUGUAGUUGCAAUUUUCUCUCCUUGUUCGCAACUCCUAGAGUUGUACUGAUAAUCAGGUUGCUACUUCAGUGGCUGCUCUUGAGAAAAGUUGAUAUGUAGCAAGGUGUCACCAAACAGGUCUCCCCCCACCAAUCCACGGUGAGAUGGUGUCCAAAUUUCAACGCUGGCCAGCAUCAUCUGGAGCAGGAGCUGGGCCACAUGGCUCCAUCUCUUGAGCUAGAAGAGCCCCUCAAUGGACUUGCUUCCAAUCAGCAGGCUCUUAAUUUUCAAUGCAGCCCAUUGCUAACAUGUAACGGGUGCAUUUGUAGGCCAAUGGGUUGACUAUAUGGGAGAGGUUUGCCCCAAGACCAGGAGACAAGAAGCCAUCAUUUUUAUUGUCGUUUUUGGAUGACACCACACUUUAUCUUCAGGUGGGACGAGGGGGUUUAUUUGAACUCUCUGUAUCCCGCUUUCUCUCUGGCUUGUGAAAUGAAGAUUUUUAGUACUUAUUUCCCCACCUCACAGAUGUGUCGUGAGGUGUAAUAAAUUGACAUUGAAUAAUGCAAAGAGCUGGUUUGAGUCUGGAGGCAACGGCCCGGCAGCAUGUGGUGCUACCCCGUUGUCAUGCCCAGCAUCACACAUGACACUGCACAUCCCGCUCUGCAAAACUCAUGAAAAAACCCUCAUCUUUAAUUACCGAGGUGGGAAAAUCUUGGCAGGAUUUUCUCCUGAGUGAGGGGGAUGGGGAAAAAGCCUUUUGCACAGUUUCAGCAUUCUGCUCCACAUUGACCCUGAAAAUACCACGUUUUGUUUGAGAGCCCUUUGGACGUGGUGGCUGAAGCACGUCACGGAGAGGGGAAGGGAGCGGGACCCUGGGCUCCGUGGGGAGCCCGCAGAUGAAUCCUGUAGGGUUAGGACCAAACCUUUAGAGUAGUUACAUCCCACUCAACCCAGCCCUUGGUGAAGUCAACGGGUCCCCAUUGACUUCGGGCAUCGUUGCGUGGGAACAGACCCAGCCAAAUUAGGGUAGUUUUCUCCCAUUUGUUUCUUAACCUGCUGCGAGGGGGGGGUCGGAGCCCCGGCUUUGAAGCCGUUGCAUCGGCAGCCAAUUCGCAGGGAUGUUUUGUGUGUUCAAAGCCUAUGACUGUUCUUAAAGAGGAGUAUUUUUAAUUUUUUUUUUCCAUUUGUAGAAGGAAGGACGAGUAAUCUGUGGCAAACUGUACAGUACGUGUCUUCUUGUGGUGUCACUGUUUGAAUGGUUAUUAAGUUUUCAAAUCACUGUGGACAGCUAAUCACUUAAGUUAUUAAUUUAUUCUUUGGGGUUUUGUUGUUUGUUUUUUUUUUUUAAGUAAUUGGAAACAAUUAUUUAUCCUGUAAAUCGGUCUUGAGUGAAGCCUAGAUAAUACUUUUUUUGCUGUUAAUAAACAUGGUACAUGCCUGA